AUGGCUUUGCGUCGAAUCUUUCCGAGCAUGUACACGCUGCCGGACACGGCGCCAGCUAAGUCAAGGAAUGCGACGCGCUAUUUGCUGCGCUGCAUUUUCCUAAUGGGCAUUAGAACGCCGCCGAAAGGAAAUCGCUUUGUUGUAUACAUACUGUGGUCUUUUGUGCUCAACCUGUGCUCCACUUUCUAUCAGCCUUUCGGCUUUAUGGUGGGCUACAUCUCUCACAUAGCGGAGCUAUCGCCGGGCGAGCUGCUCACCUCGCUGCAGGUGGCCGUCAACGCCUUGAGCUGUUCCAUCAAGGUGGUUAUUGUCUGGAUGCUGGCCAAGCGCUUCGAUCAGGCCAAUCUCACACUGGACGAGAUGGACAAGCGAGUGCUGCAGCCCAGCGAGCGCAGCAAGGUGCAUCGCGCGGUGUCCAUCAGCAAUCGCAUCCUCCUCAGCUACAUGACCGUCUACAUGUUCUGUGUGACGUGCCUUUUCUUGAGCGGCUUGGUCAUGGGUGUGCCCAUGUUCCAGAACUAUUAUCCCGGCCUGAACUGGCGUGCCGGACGGCUUCAGUUCUGGAUUCAAUCAUUUCUGGAGUACUUAUCCUUGUUGGGCGCUUCCUUUCAGAAUGUCUGCGUCGACUGCUAUCCCAUUAACUACGUGCUGAUAUUGCGUGCCCAUCUGGCCAACUUUGCGGAGAGGCUACGGAGACUGGGCCAGGAUGCGGACGAGACACCGGAGCAGCGCUAUGAAAAGCUCGUCGAGUGCAUUCAGGACCACAAGGUUAUGCUACGCUGCUGCGAUACUUUGCGUCCUGUGAUCUCGGGCACAAUCUUUGUGCAGCUUCUGGUUGUGGGUCUCGUGUUGGGUCUUACCCUCAUCAACAUCGUGUUGUUUGCCAACUUCGGGUCCCGCAUUGCGGCUCUCACAUUUCUGACAGCCGUGCUGCUGGAGACAACGCCCUUCUGCAUACUCUGUAACUAUUUGGCCGAUGAUUGCUCAAAACUGGCGGAUGCUCUGUUUGAGUCCAAUUGGAUCUAUCAGGAUCAGCGUUACAAGAAAACAGUGCUACAGUUUUUGCAAAGGUUGCAGAAGCCAAUUGUUUUCAUGGCCGGCAACUUUUUCACCAUCUCCGUGGCAACCAAUCUGAAUGCUACCAAAUUCUCAUUCUCUGUCUUUACGCUGAUCAAACAAAUGAAUAUAGCUGAGAAGUUGGCCAGGCCAAGAGGAGUCGAAUAUAACUGA